GUUCGCCAGCUGGUCGCCAGGUGCCAGUGGCAGCCCGCGUUGUACUGGAUUCCAUCUCUUUGUUCUCUGUUGAGACACUGUCGAGACAGGCCGCACAGCACCGCAUUAGAUCGACAAUGCUUCAACAAAGGAUAGCCAGAGCAUUGCGGCCGUGGAAGCUCCCCGUGGCCCCAUUGUCCAACACGGCAUUUUCUGCGAGAUUCAAGCGAUACCAAGCCUAUGAGGCCGAGCUUGAUAAAGAUGCCCUCGCUGAAGCGCGCGCCUGGUAUCGGUCCUUUAGCCCGGCGCAACUCCCCAAGGGCAACACCACAUAUGCGCGAUCUAGCGGGCCAGGCGGCCAGCAUGUUAACAAGACUGAGACCAAGGCCAUUACCGUAUACCCCAUCAAGGACUUGCUUUCCAUGCUCCCGAAAUCUAUGCAUUUUGGCAUCCGGAAGUCCAAGUACUACACGGUAAAUAGCGACUCUUUGACCUUCCAGGCGCAGACAUCUCGAUCAAGGGAUGCCAAUGCAGAAGACAACCGGAAGAAGCUUGUUGAGGAGGUGACGCGUAUCUAUCACGAAGCGACCCCUGCCGAAACAAGUGAAGAAAAGAAGAAGAAGCACGAAGACAUACGUGAUAAGUUUCAUGAUUCCCGGGUGAAGCAGAAAAAGUUCAACAGCUCCAAGAAGCAGGCUCGCAGGGGCCCUUCCGAGUAAACGCGACAUGUCACCAAGGAGAGUCGUAUUCGAAAGGUGGGCAAUGGACCCAAGGCCUCGGGUAACUGCGACAACCCGAGACCAGGGGCUCGGUUGGAAUCCUUGUAAUUGAUGUGGGAUCUCGAGGGCUUCCGAGAGGAUGUGAAGGGACGUCCAUUGUGCUCAUUA